AUGUUUUUCAUCGUCUUCAUCACCGUCUUCGUCAUCGCCUUAGGCCCAAGAUUGUUUGUGAAGCCAAGUAGUAAAUCGAAUAAGAACAUCGUGGAGAAUGCUCUGAGCCAUUGUUGCCUGGCUGGAUUGGUCAACCAAGAUGUAAAGUGUAAGGCACUGGAGGCUCUUCAGAAAUCAAGCAGCAAACAUUUUGUGGUUUUAUUCAGAGACGUGGGCAUGCAGUAUAGAGGCCUCUAUGCCUACAAUAUCAACCACAACAUACCAUGUUCAGACAUAGGUACGAGAGGCUGUGAGAUUGUGAGAUUGCACGGAGUCGGACCGAAGGUUGUCGAACCGAAGCAAAUUGAAAAAUUUUUCAAAUACAAUUCCGGAGCGAAAAAUUUCUUCGAGGUGACGUCAACUAAACAUCUGUCAGCAACCAUUGAUGGGGUAACACUGUACGGUGCGGUGUGGCAAAAAGGAAGACAUCUGGCCGUUGGUAGUGCUGCUGCUGCUGCUGCCAACGGUAUUGCUAAUGCUGGCACUGGCAGUGGUACUACAGCUGUCGACCUUGGUAAUGGUGGUGGCGAGUUUGGUCGUUCCAAAAAGAAUUUAACUGGAUGACUAUCGUUAAUCCGUUAUAGGAAAUGUAUAAUGUGAUUAUUUUGUUAAAAUUUAUCGAACCUUGUUCAGUUUCUCAAUUACACGUUUCAUCUCAAUAUUUUUUUUUAUUUUUUUUUUGUUUUCUUACUUGAUUUAUCUUCAGUUGAUAAAAUAUUUGAUUUUU